AGUGAAGUAACAGUUAUUUCACACGCUGGAGACUUUUCCUGCCACUCUUCCCCCCUGGACACUUGGGCACUCCUUGUUUUUGUGCUCUGGAUGUGGAUCAAAACCAGCAGGGAUCCCAGCAGUCCUCCCCUGGUGGUUUGUGUUGUAGGAAAUGGCAACUGCUCUCAGUGGCCGAAACCCUGGUGGACGUGGACCGAACCGAAGUAAGGGUCGGAUUUUAGGCAUCAUUGAUGCCAUCCAGGAUGCAGUUGGGCCACCGAAACAAGCAGCUGCGGACCGGCGGACUGUGGAGAAAACCUGGAAGCUCAUGGAUAAAGUUGUCCGUCUGUGCCAAAACCCCAGACUCCAGCUGAAGAACAGUCCACCAUACAUACUGGACAUCCUACCUGAUGCCUACCAGCACCUGCGGCUCAUACUGGGCAAAUAUGAAGAGAACCAGAGACUUACACAUCUCAGUGAGAAUGAGUACUUUAAAAUCUACAUUGAUAGCCUUAUGAAGAAAUCCAAACGGGCCAUCCAGCUCUUCAAAGAGGGAAAGGAGAGAAUGUAUGAGGAGCAGUCACAGGACAGGAGGAACCUGACCAAGCUGUCUCUGAUCUUCAGUCACAUGCUGGCUGAAAUCAAAGCCAUCUUCCCUGGGGGACAGUUCCAGGGCGACACUUUCAGGAUCACCAAAGCUGAUGCUGCUGACUUCUGGAGGAGAUUUUUUGGAGAAAAGACAAUAGUGCCAUGGAAAGUCUUCCGACAGUGCCUUCAUGAACUGCAUCCCAUCAGCUCGGGCCUGGAGGCCAUGGCCCUCAAAUCGACCAUCGACCUCACCUGCAAUGACUACAUUUCUGUGUUUGAGUUUGACAUCUUCACACGCCUCUUCCAGCCAUGGGGAUCAAUUCUGAGGAACUGGAAUUUCCUUGCAGUGACUCACCCUGGCUACAUGGCUUUUCUUACCUAUGAUGAAGUCAAAGCCCGACUGCACAAGUACAUCAACAAGCCUGGCAGUUACAUCUUCAGACUGAGCUGCACGCGUCUGGGUCAGUGGGCCAUCGGUUAUGUGACCAAUGAUGGCAACAUACUGCAAACCAUCCCCAACAACAAACCGCUGUUCCAGGCCCUCAUCGAUGGCUACAGGGAGGGCUUUUACUUGUUCCCUGAUGGUCGCAGCUACAAUCCUGAUCUCACUGGUUUAUGUGAGCUGACGCCUCAUGAUCACAUCAAAGUGACUCAAGAGCAGUAUGAGCUGUACUGUGAGAUGGGCUCCACCUUCCAGCUCUGUAAGAUCUGUGCUGAGAACGACAAAGAUGUCAAAAUCGAGCCUUGCGGUCAUCUGAUGUGUACUUCCUGUCUUACAGCCUGGCAGGAGUCAGAUGGUCAGGGUUGUCCGUUCUGUCGUUGUGAGAUCAAAGGCACAGAGCCCAUCAUUGUGGAUCCCUUUGACCCACGAAACGAGGGCACCAAGUGUUUCUUCCUGGACCAGCACAGCUGCCACAUGCUGGAGCUGGAUGACGAGGAGGACCGGGAGGACUGCCUAGUCAUGAAUGGACUGGCAAACAUCAGGAAGCACUGUGCCGAGCGUCAGAGCUCACCCAUGGUGUCUCCCAGCUCUUCACCCGUCAGCCAACACAGGAAAGCCCACCACGGAGACCCCGGCCACUGCAUCCAGCACCUUGGCCUGCCCCCUGUCCCACCGCGACUAGACCUCAUCCAGAAAGGUGCUAUCCGCUCCCCGUCUGCCAGUCCCACCGGCUCCCCGAAGUCUUCACCAGGCAUGUCCAGGAAGCAAGACAAGCCUCUCCCAGCCCCACCUCCUCCUCAGAGGGACCCACCUCCACCGCCUCCUCCUGAGCGUCCUCCUCCCAUCCCCCCAGAGUCACGCCAUUCUUGGCUCCCCAAUUCCUCUUCUUUGUCAUCUUCUACUGGCGCACUGUCAGACUCCCAGAUGCCUCCCGAGACAUGGUGUACCAAAGACAGCCACCUGGCAGAUGCCCACAGGACUGGAGUCGAACACCAGGUUCAGCUAGGACCCUCCGGCCCCUCCCACUUGAACGGAAGACCACUCAGUUGUCCGUCUGCAGGAUUCGGAAGGUUGCAUCACAGAAUGGAGGGGGCAGGAAACUUGGAUAGCUCCAAGCCCUUCCCUAAUGGCGUGCAAGUCAGCGAUGAGUAUGAUAUCCUUCCCUCCCGGCUCUCGCCAACUCAGUCCACACUUGCCAGUAGCCACAAACCCACAAACCCUUUCACCAGUCCUGUGGUAGAACGACAGCAGAGGGUGAUGGAGAGGGCGGAGGAUGACUAUCAAAUCCCUUCAUCCAACCUCUGCCUGAGCCAGCCUCCGAUCUGCAUCUCUGUACCGAGCAGGCACUUGGAGAACGGCUCCCCAGAGCCCUCCAUUGAGGAGAAGAAGUUGCGGCCCCCUGAGCCUGGUACACACUCAGAAUUGGUCAGGGGGUUGGUCCCGGGGGCAGCACAUACUGCCCUCUACCCCUUCAACACUACCCUGUCACCCUCUGACUAUGACAUUCUGCUGCCCCCCCAAGCAUUAGAGGAACCCUUCAACAACUGCCCUCUGUCCCAGCCUCCUCCUUCCCCUCCUCCCCCUCCACCGGCGCGGCACAGCUUUACCGAUCACUCCUCCUCUUCACUGUCCUCAUCCUGCAACUCCACGUCCUCCUCCUCCGUCAUAGCACGACCACACAGGCCCUCCUCUGGACACGAGCACUUGCUGUUAAACCCUGACACAGUGUUUGACAUGCCGAACAGUGCCGCUCCUCUGCCUCCAGUCAGACGACACACUGAAAAUGUUAAAGGCUCCAGAGCCUGCCUGGAGUACGACCAUUUACCAGCAUCGAUGGACUGUUCGCAGGCCCCCGCCAGGCCACCCAAGCCACUCCCCAGGAAGAUCCCUCCGGACGUUCAGUCAGGAAAACCCCACAGCAUGGAGUCAGAGACCGUGGAUGCCAAGAUCGCCAAGCUGAUGGGAGAGGGUUACUCCUUUGAAGAUGUGAAGCGGGCACUGAUGAUCGCCCAGUACAAAGUGGAUGUGGCCCGAAACAUUCUGCGAGAGUUUGCCUUAGUGGCCCCGAGACUGAACCUCUAGUCCUAGAGACAGUGAAAGGGGAGCACAAUGAAGCUGUGCCUCUGAAUGAACUGAAUAAAAAAAAAGGGCUCGUUUGUGCAGCUUGGCCUCAAACUGUUGGAAAAAAACUCUGAUCAAAAGAAUAAUUUCAAGGAAGACUCACCUUUUGUUGCUGAACAGAGAUGACGACAUACGACAAAGUGGCUAAAACCAAAUCACGGCAGAACACAGAGAAUCAAAAAAGGGAGAGAAGAGCAUCUGUGAAUGAUUUAAACCUGUGAAAAAAAGAACCAGGCUUAUUGUUGUUUACAAUGGGCUGUACCAGUGCUGGCCUCUGGUUUGCAAAUGCUCCUGUUCGUCUCUGGGCUUGGACUGCACGCCUGUUUUAAAGCCCUGAUCCUGCUAGUGCUGCUACUGUUACUUUCACAUCCUGCCACCCUCCAGAGUCUAUUUUGAAGGGCUUUUCAAAAGAGCAAGACAUUUGCAUCUCAUUUCAGCUUACAUGCUCAGCCAGUUUUAAGAGAUCAUUUUUAUUUACAACCAGUGGGGGGAGUCAGACUCCAAUGAGUCUCUUCUCUAACUCUGUUUCUUUCUCUCCUCUCAACAGUGUCGGCUGCCCCACCUACUUACUCUGCCUUUCCUUGUGUGUUGUGUGCACAGAAUAUUCCACUGUUUGCCCAGAGUCUGGCAGACUUGUAGGUCUUAACAAGGUCUGGUGAGUUAGGAGCGGUUAGAUGGAGCCGGAGGAUGUUCCCCCAGACCUGGAGAAAACUGUGAGACAGCUGCAGAGGAUCACUCUAGUUAGACUUGUUAUCUGGUGAAGCAAAGAGAUAGCGGGACAGUUAGUUAUCGCUCUUUGUUUCUGUUCCCAGACCAGAGAAUUAAUCAGCUGAGGCCUUUUUUAAUUACAUUCUUCAUCUGAGGACAGCAAGCCUAUGAAUGUAUUAGUUCUGCAUGAGCGAGCUGUACCUUUGUGCACUUUGAGCUCCUCUCAGGCCCAGUUUUGAAGCGAUUAAGUUGUUGGUGGAAAUUUUUUAAUUACUCCUCAGUUGCUCUGUGUCAAAAGCCGGACAAUUGUGCCUGCAUUUCAACUCAAGCAUUUAAAUGACAGGAGUGAGUCUGUUGUGUUAAUCAGCGAGCCAGACGUCAUCUGUUAAAGCUUGGAGCCGAUGCGCUCAGCAGCUGUCACACUGCAACCUCCUGUCUCCACUUCAAUUAUCCAGUCAGCAUAUGCUGAAAAUGUCAACAUUUCAACAUGUUUGAGGAUUCGCUCUCCGUCUGAUUUGGAGUAAGAAUCAAUAAAGUUGAACCACAGAACCCUGCAGAGCGUUCAACAUGAGACGAAUCAUAUGCACCUUCACUGUGCAGGUGAAGUUGAAACCCCCUUACCUCAGAAUCUGGAAUCAGCUGUACCAUAAUCUAGAAUCUGGAAUCACCUAAUGACUGCACCAUAUUUCACCUAUGCACAUAGGCCUACUGGUUUUGUUCAAAUGUAUUAUUUUUUCCUUGUGGAAUGGAGAUGUAUAAAAGAUGCAGAUCUGUGCUGGACCUGUUAGUGGUGUUGUUUGCUAUGUUUACAUGGAUGAUAAAACUUGGCUAUUAUUUUAAAUUAAAGAAUCAUUUCAGUUUAUAAUUUGGGACUUGAUUUUUUUUGUUUUGGCCAUUGUUUCCAUUGGCUGUGACGGAAUUGUAGUCACCAGAGUAAUUGCUGAGAUUUGGAAGUGGGUGCGUGGUGACAAAGCGCACAAGCAGAUGGACGAUCAGACAGGUUCAAAACAAACGAACAGUUUAUCCACAUCAGCGGUUUUCAAAGUGUGAGGCGCACCUACCUGGGCGCUGCGUGAGGAAAAAAUAACUUUAAGCAUCUGUUUAGCUAAACUCGGCCAUAAAUGAAUCGAUUUUUUUGUGGCUACAGUGAGCUAGGAGACAGAGUCUGUUCCUUUUGACAGUGCGUCCCCGCAGCAACCAGCUAUGCGCAUCAGAAAGACGCAGGGCUCUAUCUCUCUAACACCCGGUGCAAAACGGCGCAAGGCACAACGUAAGUUCUCGUUGAAAUAGCUAAUACACUUCUCUGAUCUGAAGUCAGUGUCGCAGUAUUUUACUGUUAUUUUAACGGCACAUUAUCAAGGGAUUAAUAUGUGGGUGCACAAUGCGCAUACACUCGGCCUGUUACGCACAGGCAGAGUGAGCUGAAAAUGUUCUACAUGUUUGGAUAAAUCAGGUGGAACAUCGGAAUACAGCCUCAAUUUCGCACUUUCCCUCACUUUGAAAAUCCCAGAACAGAUUAUUAAACCACAGGGUUUAUUAAACUGUUUUAUUGAACACUCAUGUUUUUUUUUUCCUGACUGAUGGCUGACUUCUUUUUAAGGAUGUUUACGCGUUUGCAGAUCUCAGCAGUUUGGCGUUAACAAUGUUACUGAUUAAAACGAUGGCCAAAACUAGGGAAAUGAGACCCAAGCUGUGGAAGAAAGUCUGGCAUUAAACGUGCUACCAGUGGAAUAUGAAAUGUAAUGACUAUGAUGACCUCUUGGGUCGUUAUUUGCCUCCAUAACGGUCACAAAAACAUGUUACUUCCCUAUUGGUGAGUUAUGUGUAACAGAAUUUAUUGUCUGGGAGACAGUGGGCUGAGGAGACAGACAGCUAUUGUCUUCAAUGACAACAAUGUGAUGUGUCAACAUGAUGUGGUUUUAACUGUCAUCCUAACUACUGUAUAUCAGGACUGUAGUAACUUUUAUUAUAUUAAUGGUUGAUACAGCCAACUGAGCCAGGCACCUUGACUGUGCAUCGUCUGGGUCUGUGCGUGUUUUUGUUAAUGAACAAACAAGACUGAGGAAGACCACUGUCUCUUUGGACCCCUUUGUGCUGUGAGUUAGUCCAACAUGUACCCAGGGACAAGAUGAAUAAACACACAGAGAAGAACAUGGA